CUUCAGUCUCUGCGUGCGGAAAAAAAGUAGAUUGAUUGGGCGAUCUAAGUCCCAUCGCCAAAUGCCUGUCGUGUUAAAAUGUUGUUUCGAAAGUCCUCAGGGUGUUAGUCAUGUGCGAGGCAUGCGUGCAUCAGAGGCUAAUAUUAAGACUGUGCGAUGGGGCAACAUUUACACGCACCUCGAGAGUGAUACAGUGCUUGGCGAAAUCGAUUUCUCCUCCCACGCAGUUGUAACGAAGUAUGUGCUGUGCCACAUUGCAAGCAGGGAUUAAUGUGCCCCAUACCCCGCAGCAGCACCGGCCUCAACUCACAACAACAACAGCAACAACAACUACGAUAAGCGGGCCGAUUUCUGUCAGUAAGCCGGAACGCGUUCGCUCCAUCUGUCAACGCCGCAGUUAGAACGGCUCUUUGGUCGUCGAACAUGGUUUCUCAGGAGCCUGAUCAGCCCGAUACUACAUCCAUCUCAGAAUUAGAUGAUUCUAGCAUCUAUACACCUACUACGACCACCGAAAACGUUACUUCAGACCUGAAAGAUCACGCCUCGACGAGUUGGGUGCCUUCACAUGGAUCUACCGUCAUCAUUCGCUCUACCUCUUGCGGCAAUGUGCUUACAUUGCUUGAUGGGCACAUCGUACUAGCCCCGCCUAGCGGUCGUGGAUCCAUCCUAUGGGAGUGUGUAGAAACUGGAGGCUGGUUUGGAUUCCGAAACUGCGUCUCGGGCAAGUUCAUAUGCCAUGGUCGGGAUGCGAGACUGAAGUGCUCGGCAGAGCAGCAUCAUAGUUUGAGACACUUUACUAUUACGCCAGUACCAAAAGGGGGUUACAUUAUGCAAAUGCUGGACUGGUGGACUCUUCGUCCUAUAGUGAUCAAUGCCCAGAACGGGCUACGAAUGCUGGGGAGGACUGGAAACAAGCUGUCUGAAGGGAUUGUGUGGAACUUUUUGGAGAGUGGGGCCGGUAAUGCUGACCUCCAGGACUUCUAAGUAGGUCAGUGUCCUCAUAGCAAGGCAAACCAUUUUUGGCCGCCCUCCAACACUGUAUCACAACGUGCGGUCUCACAAAACGAAAAUCGUGAUGUA